CGCCGACAAGCCCACGCGCAUGCGAAACCGACCUUCGCGACGGAUUCGCAAUAUCGAAAAUAUAUCCCAUAUUCUAACUAAACACUUUAAAACCACAUCGUCCUAUAAAUAACGUUAAGAUCCCUGCUACAGUGCUUCGAGAGUUCUUGCAAAAUCUGUGCAAUGUUGUAUUAUAAAUAUUAUUUUAAUGGACUAUUAUAGCUUAGAACUGAAUAAGCAGAAUAAGGAGAGUCGAGCGCUAACCGGGCGUCUGGUAGUGUUUUGAAAAGUUACGAGAACAUUGUCACGUUCUAUUGAAAUGAAGGCUUAGUUCGUCUAGUGAAAUAAAGUGUGUUUACAGUAAUGACUGCUAAAUGAAGAAAGCUUUGAGUAUAAUGUGUUCGGACAAUGAGUGAGCUGUGUCCGGGUUGUAGUCGAAAACACUCUCGGUAAACGUUUCACAGUUUCACCAGUGCUCGUAGGUUUGUGGGAUAUUGUGGAGGAAGAUGUUCCACAACGGACGGCUGCCUAGCAACCACAGCAGCACUUCCACCUCCUCGGGAAGCUCUGAUUUACAGGUGUCUGGCGCCGUGCAGCUCUCCGACCCCAACACUGCGCAGCUGCUGGAACAUCUGCAGAAUGCCGAUCGCGCGAGAUUUUCUGAUACGAGUUGGCAGAUCCACCGCAGUUGGACGCGCAACGGCGACCCCCUCCCGCUGUCGCUACCGCCCACGCGGUCAAACGACGUUCCUCUCCCCGCUGCCACUGCAGCCUCACCUCAACACUCCGACCAGAAUGGAAUCUAUGACACUAUCAGGACGCGGGCUGUUAGCGCACCGGCCACUCCUGCAGCUUUAACCUUCUCGCGAGAACAGAAUGGAGGUCGUUCCGCGAGCUACACCGCAGGCGCUGCCCUCUCCCGGUUGGACCUGUGCUACGUGGCCGAGCGAAUGCUGGCCCUCCACCUGCCCGACAGAGACGCGCAGGCAGAGGCGCAGGCGGCUCACAUGCUCACCAACAAACAUGGAGAUCACUUCAUGAUAUUCGAAGUGAGCAGCGGCGACGGUGUCGAGGGCCGGGCGAGGACGGUGUUCGGGCACGCGCGACCGCUGGGCUGGGCCGGCGAGCUGGCGCCGCCGCUGGAGAGACUGUGCGCAGCCUGCAAACACAUCGAGAGCUGGCUCGCUAAACAUCCCAAGAAUGUCGCUGUUCUGCUAGCAUGGGGCAACCGCGAAGGCUUAGGAGUGUUGGUGGCAGCGUACAUGCACUACUCAGCGAUAUGCGGAGCUCCAGAGCAUGCCCUCGACCGGUAUGCCAUGCGCCGGUAUCUGGACGACAGGGUGCCCGUUUUCCAUCUGCCUUCCAAUAAACGGUACAUCGACACCUUCGCGGGCCUGCUGGCGGGCCAGAUCCGCGUGAACGCGGCGCCGCUGCACCUGACGCACGUGAGCGUGGCCGGCGCGCUGGCCUCGCCCGCCGCGCCCGCCAUCGCUUUCCUCAAGAUCUACGAGAACUUUGUCUGUGUCCACACUUCCGGGUUGUACCUGGUGAGCGGCGGCGGAUGGACGGUGGGCGUGGGGCGGCUGGCGCUGCGCGGCGACGUGGUGGUGCGCGCGUACCGCCGCGUCGCGCACGCGCGCGCGUCGCGCCAGCUGGCCUUCGCCUGCCAGUUCCACACCUGCGCCGUCGCCGACCACACGCUCUCCUUCACCAAGCAGCAGCUCGACCACGCCGCACAUGAUCCUUCGUUCCCGAGCGACGGCGCGGUGGAGCUAGUGUUCGCCCGCGGGGAGGGCAGCAGCGGAGCGCCGCCCGCGCCCACGCCCGCGGCGCCUCUGCGAGCCGCGCCCGACGCGCUGGCGCGGGCUGACUCGCUCGACCAUCUGCGGCCGCUGUCCUCGCUCACCGACGACGACAAUGGUGACAACAACGGCAGCGCGGAGGGAUCGGGAUCGAGUGGCGAGCCAGCCGAAGCCAGCGAGGGUGGCGAGGCGGCACACACGUUCGGCCCUCUAGACGGGUCGAUCUACGCGACCGUAGUGCGCGCGGGCGGCGGACCCGGGUCCCCGCUCAGCGCGUCCAUGGACUCCGGCAUCUCAUCUGCGGGCCGGCGCGCCGCCCCCAGCCCGCCGGACGAGCUGGACGCGCUGCUGGGCGACAUGCUGCGCACGGUGAGCGCGCUGCCCGACCCGCCGCCGCAGUCGUCCGCCGACCCCGGCCCCGACAUACCGUACCACGCGCGCGCCGACUCCGCGCCAUUCACCUACGGAGCGCCCGGCCUGCGCCCCGGCAUGCUGCGCGCGCCCAACCGCCUCGCCAGCCCGGAGCUGGUGCGGCGGGCUCUGGGUGGUGACAGAAACUAUCGCCCUAUCGAGGAUGACGACGACGAGCGCACUGUAACCCCUGAACCUUCAUCCCCUCGGACUCCUUUGUCACCGCGCGCUAUCCGGAAGCUGACCCAUGAAGAUGUCACCGUGACAACUAAUACCACGCAGCCUUCAUCUUCACCUCAGCGUAAUGGAAGAUGGUUAAACGGUGACACUGAAUGGAUAGAUAGGCCACCAAGUAGCGCGCGGAAAACUCCUGAAAACACGAAUUGGCGGUCAGCGAGCACAUUGGGCUGGCACGAGUCCAGCCGACUGAGAGAACCUCGUAGAUCUGAGAGCGGUGUUGAUGGGAACUCAGGACUGACAUGGCUGCAGCGACAGCAGCAGAAGUUGCGGGAGAGGAAAGAAGCGCGGGAAAGAGUCGCUCGACUGCCGCUCGAGUGGGACGCGUCUUCCCGUCACGUGAGAAGAUCGGCUAGCCAUCGUGUGGAUGGUUACACCAGUGACACGACGGCUUUCGCCGACGACGACGAUGACUUCAGCGUACCUCUCCACGUCAGCACCCGCCGCACCGCACUGCGGAACGAUAGCCUCAGUCCGCAAGCGCCAGACAGAAGCUCAUCCAAAAAGUUCAUGUACGAGAAGAUGACGAUGCGAGAGUGGAGCACGAGCAGCACGCCCAACAGCACGCCGGUGCCGGGUCUGCUGUCACUAGCCGACCCACUCAAUAACGAAUCUAUUAUCCGAGAGCGAACAGAAAGCUGGUCCCGGCAGUCGUCGCGCGCGGGCACCCCUCUGUUCCCGACGCACCCGCGAACUCCUUACCCACCCACACCCACGCCCACCCUCAGCGCGCGCCCACCUCGCUCGCCGCCGGUUACAAGAAAAGAGCGCGAAAGUAGUCCAGAAUCGGAGUACCGCACGUACAACGGGUCGCGGCGCUCCAGCUUCGGCACGAACGCGGAGCCGCAGCACGUGGCCCCCGACCGCGUGCGGUUCGCCAGGGACACCAGCCAUUACUGGUACAAGCCCAACAUUUCCAGAGAUGAUGCGGUUGCAGCGCUGCAACCUCUAGAAGAAGGCUCCUUCAUCGUCCGCGACUCGAACUCAUUCCCGGGCGCGUUCGGUCUGGCGGUGCGUGCGGGGGCCGCGGGGGGCGUGCGCCACUUCCUGGUGGAGCCCGCCGCCCGGGGCGUGCGUUUGCGGGGGUGCCCCGACGAACCCGUGUUCACCUCGCUCUCGGCCCUGGUCUACCAGCAUACAGUCACGCCGCUCGCGUUACCAGUGCCUUUGAAGCUGCCCGAUAGGGACCCGUGGACGGGCGGCGCAGCAAGCGCGGCGGCGCGCGCGCUGCUGGCGACGGGCGCGGCGUGCCAGGUGCUGCUGCUGGGCUCCGACAACACGGAGGCGCUCACCGGGCCCGCCGCCGUGCGCCGCGCCGUCACCAACCUGCUGGUCAAGAAGGGCCCAGCGUAUGUAGUGAACUUCAAAGUAUUCGGCGGCGGUAUAACACUGACGGACGCCGCAAGGAAACUAUUCUUCAGGAGACACUACCCGGCCGCGGGCGUGUCGUACGCGGGGCUGGACCCCGACUCGCGCCGGUACUCGCACAAUGACAACGGCAAGCUGACUGACAAAAACAUCUUCGCGUUCGUGGCGCGCGUGUCGGCGGGCGCGGACAACCAGUGCCACGUGUUCGCGGAGCUCGAGCUCGAGCAGCCCGCCACCGCCAUCGUCAACUUCGUCAACAAGGCUCUACUUGGCAAUUCGCAAAAAAAGGAUAUAAUAUAAAGUGGCUACAUUUCCAAAAUACAUAAAAUAAUUUUAUGGGAAAUAUCGCUUUCGAUGAAAAUACUAUGUAGGGGGAAUACUCAUGAAAUGUGUGAGACACGUGACUUAUUUAAUAUUAUUUAACAUUGGGUGGUUCAAAACUUAUAAUUCAAAAUCAAUUACUUGAGAAAGUUUAAUCUUUUAAAUUGAACUUGGUCAAAUGAACAAUUACAAUUUUAUUUUUCAAAGAUUUCUUUACCCAAUACGCUUCAUUUUCACCAAGUACAAUUAAUCGUGUGUUAAGUUUAUGUUAAAUAAAAUAAUAUAAAUAUACAUUAAUAUUUAGGGUAAGGAAGAACUAACUAGUCUCAUAUUAAUUUAAUAUAGAGUAGCGAAAACAUGCGUGCCUAAUUUUAUAGCGACACCAGUAAGGAAAACAUUCUAACUACUUACCAAUCUCCAGUUACAGCAUUUCAGUGAAGCUUAGGCUUAAGUGAAUAUUUGUAGAUUAAUUUUAUAGAGCAUUAUGUCUACAAGUACAACGAAUAAAAUAAGAAGUAGGUAUACUUACAGCAUUUUCUCUCAAGCCAUUAAAGUGCUUCAAAAUAUUAUGAUGUGAAAAUCUAUUUUUCACACUAUUUUUCAGCAUACCAAAACUAGUUUUAUGCACAUUUGUAAAAAUAGCUUUAUCUCACAAAGAGUGAAAAUCAAAAGAAUUAUUGACAUGUUAAAUAGAACUACAAUAUGCGACUAUAAUUAAUGUCUGAUAAAUCGCAUUUCUAUAAAUUAACAUGUUGCAUAGUUGCUUUAUUGAAGUUGUAUAAUGUUAUAUUUUAAUAUACCUGGGUACAUCGACGGAGAAGUGUGAAAUAGAUGUUAAGUGGGAGUCUGUGUUGGUGUAUGUAAUGAGGUUAACGGUUCAAAUGAAGCCAUAAAUAUAUGCCUUAAACGUGAUCUAAAUAUAAAUAUAUUUUAUUGUUUACAAAAUCCAGUUCAAUAUUAUUUUAAAGUAUAACAUGUUUAUUGUAAUAACUGUUUUAAAAUGUAUUUAUUGAAUAAAUUACAUUCAACAAAAA